AUGAGUUCGCCUUUGGAUCACCUCCGGCUCACGCUGGUCGAGCUCAUCGAUGACAUAAACGACCCAGGCAUCGGCAACUUUGACAGCCAAGCCGCCGCAACAAACAUCUGCAACAUCGCCCUCUCCGACUUGAGAGAGGAUGAACUUGAUAUGUCAACGUCCCUUUUGUUCAACCCUGAUAAGGGCAUCCUGCACUUUCUUCGCAGGUCCCUCGACAAGAAGGUUCACAGCGACGCCAAGGUUAUUUUUCUGGAAUUCACGGCCGAAUACCUGACCCGGUCACCGUCCACCAUGCCUCCUUUCAUCGUCGACAUCAAGAGAACGUGCCAGACUCUGUUCCUCAACGAUAGCGCAGCUAAGGUCAAGCGGGCAUCCUUGUUGCCAAUCAAAACCAUACUGUCCUCUUACACAUCCCUGAUCGACCCCGAGGCACUCGACAUCACAGGACUUUUCACAAAGUGCUUCACAGCAUAUGGCACUCAACAAACAAAGAUGGGAGGAACAGUCAAGGCAGAAGUGCUGGAGGUCUUGGGAAUGGUGGCGCGUUACUUUCCGGAAAUUGCAACAGAGCGUCUGGAAUCAAUCGUUCGAUGGUGUACCAGCACUGUAGAAACUCAGUUGAGUACCGGCGGCAAGCAGGAGCUUUCAUUGGUGGCGGGUGCAAUCCUUGGACUAGACAACUGUCUUUACAGUCUCUCAUCAGAGACUGCCGUAAGCAAGGUCCCAGCUAUCAUGCGGUUCGUCAAGACUCUGGUCAAUGUCCCAGAAGAUCUCAGUCGAUAUGCCGCACCUGUGGCCGCUCUGGACUUGUUCGCACACCACAUUCAUCUCUUCCGGCCAAUGCUGAUUGACAUUUACGAGUGGAUGUACCAAAGGAUCGCUGGGUAUUGUGAACACACUCACGACAAAAUGUCAAAGUGUGGAUACAACGCUCUGGAUGUGUUUCUGCAAGAGAUUGCGGACGUCCUGACAACCUCCCCUACUACGGAAAAAGAGUACCAAUGCUUCCUGUUCUUCACAACAAACUUUAAGCAAAUCAUCGGCACGGAGGUCGUCACGACGUUGGCUCAAUACAAGGCAAUGUCGGUGGCUAUCAGAGGAUACGGAUACUUUGCAGCCCCUUGCAAGCAUAUCGCACCCGAUCAGCUCCCCAAACUCCUCGCGCAUCUCCUCACAAAGAGCGCGUUCUUAGUCUCUUCGAAUACAAACGAAGGAAUAGACGGUUCAACUUCCCACCUCGCAGCGUUCAUCACAGCGUACACGUUCGUCGCCGAGGUCUACGAUGAGAUCCCCGAGCUUUUGAUGACCGCACUAAAUCAAAUAGCCAAUGUGGCUACCGUCAACUUUGCGAAGCUCUCCUAUUACAAUCGCAUCGACUGUACCAUCGCCAUCGAGAGGCUUCUCGUCAGCCUGUUCAACAAAGGCGAAGGAGUCUUGAGGGGAUUCUUUGAAAAGUUUUCCUACAGGUUACUGGUUUUCACAUCGUCCGAUAUUUCACGGUCCGUGUCGGAUCUGUUCAAAGUCAAUCGGCAACCAGGUGCAACGGAAAACAUUCCUCACUCAUACACCAUCUACCUCUUCCUGUGGCGGAAUCUCUUCAAACCUAAUGCUCUCAGCAAGGACCUCAAGAAGAAAUUUACAGAAAUCCCCGAUGAAGACCAGGAGCGAUUCUUACAAAUCAUCUACGGCUCAACAAUGGAAUCAUUCAAGCGGCUGGUUUCGCUUUUGAACCUGUCAGUGUCCGACUCUGAGGUCCCCACAGAUAAUGAGGCCACCGACGAGGAUGACUCGACUCCAGAAUCCCGACUUCUUGACCCCGAUGCAUCUAUGGAGUUGGUCUCUGCGGUCCCUGUCUCCGGCGACAUUGCCAAGAUGCAAGCAAACUGCGCCAAGGACUUUGUGAUUUUCCAGAACUUGACAGAGUUUUGGCAGCUUUUUUUGCCCGAGAUCCGACCCGAUCUGUUUGGACGCUGGACGUACGUGAUCGGUAAAACUCUCAUUGAACUUUCUGCAAGGCACCCACUCGUGAGCGGUUUCUACAAGAUGUUUGCUGCCUGCCUCCAAGUAUGCCAGAAUAUCUCUCUCUUCAAGUCGACAAGUACAAUGGACCCACAUGUCAAGAAUGGGGAUGAGCAUGUGGAGGCUCAACGCGCUGCGGCCUUGUUCCAAAAGUACAUUCGAGAAGUUCUUGCUCGACUGGAGCAAUACAAAGAUGACCUUCUCGCGUCCUGUCUGUACCUGGUACUCUCCAGCCCGUCUGCUCUCACCGACUCGGACAGUAUUAUUGCUCCUAUCCAACUGGCGCUCAAACUAGGCCUCGGUUACUUUCCUCUGGCGUCGAUUGGACUCGAUGCUGUCGAACGGUGGAUUGACAUUGUUGAUCGGGAGCAAAACUCGUGGUUUGCCCAGGAAUCGUCCACGCCAGUGCAGUCCAUGAAGGAUCUUCAGCUGCGGAUAUUGAGACUCCUUGGCCGUCAAGCUCAGUACAACAAGCUCAUUUUAGACCGGCGAUCGGCGCGCUCCAACGACAAGACGGCCGUGUCCGAUUUACUUGCCUGGGACCCUGAGCCAAGAGUCAAGUUCAAAAUCCCGUUCCAGGAGAUGAAAACGGAGCUUCAGCUCGAUGAAAUGCUGCCACGUAUUGUUGACCUAGCCGAGCAUUCGCUGAACCGCCAGAUCAAGGUAGCAAGUUGCGAGCUCCUUCAUUCACUUGUCAUUCUCAUGAUCGGCUCCAGUGCAUUCCGUGCCCGGUCAUCACAAGACACAAAAAACAGCCCAUUCCACAAGAUCUACCAGAAGGUGUUCCCUGCGCUACUCCGCCUUGCUGUCGACGUGGAUCUAGUGCCCCAGUCCCUUUAUCGUCCAUUGGUAUCACAGUUGAUCCACUGGCUGACGAUCAGCUCCCAGUAUGAGAAUCCAGAGACCAUUGCUUUGCUGAGUUGCUGUAUGGAUGCCGCAUGUGAUACUCUUGGACCACUUCGGGACUACGGUGCCGAGUGUCUCGGCGAGUUUGUCAAGUGGUCGAUUAAGCAGAGUGGGACAUCCUCCUCCUCUGUGAACGUCAAGUCAUUGUUGAAGCGAACGUACAACCUCGCCUCUCACUCAAACCCCACAAAGCGUCUCGGGGCCGCUCUUAUUGUCAAUCGUAUCUACAGGAUCUUUCGCGAAGAGGUAACGCUGGUGAACCAGUUCACACUGGAGUUGCUUUACUGGAUGCUGUUUGGACUGAGACUGGCAGAAGGCGAUCACGCAGGCCUUGGAACUCGCCAGCAGACGUAUCAGGCCAUCACACAUCUCCAGCGUAUCAUCCAAGUCAAGUCCAGUCUGUUUCUCAAGGAUUCACGAGACAGGCGGCGGUUUCCCAAUCACGACGACGCAACUUUGGAUGUUGUUGUGGAAUGGCUGUUGAAUGAAACCGCGCAACCCGAGGUCGAGUACACAAGAGUCUGCCGAAUGCUUUUUGACAGUUUUGUCAAAUUGCUUCCAAACACCUCUGGUCCGGGUUCGUGGAUCGGCGCAAAACUAUCUCAGGACUCGAAAUACAUCAGCAACAUAUACAAGGGCACUGGCUACAGCUCUGAGACGUUUGCGGACCCGACAGUGUAUCAAAGGUGGAGCGCGCAACUUGCAUCCAAUCUCUCCAACUAUAUUUGGCUGUUGAAUCAUCCUGGAGGUUCAGAGCAGCUCCUUGCUCAACUCAAGACAGGAACGAUUAUGACAGCAUGCGGAAAGUUCUUGGAGAAGUGCCUCCUAUUUUCGCGAGCGCUAGAACGAGAUGAGUUAGCGACCCCCUUGACUGCUACAGAACGUCGACAGAUCACGGACCAAAAUUUUGUCACCGUUCGCCGAGUGAUCUCGUUUGUGUCCCUUGUUGCUUCGCGCGACUUGGAGCGCGGUGGAAGCUCGCUGGUGGAGAGUCUCAAGGCAUCUGGACUUUUGGGGACGAACUUUUCGGCUGUAUUUGCGGCUUGUCUCUUCAACCCUGACAGCAUCGGAAAUGAAGAGUUGUUAAAGAGCGGAGACGAGACUAUACAACUGAAGAAGGAGCUCGAGACAGGGCUCAAGGUGGUCAAGAAACUUCCUUCGAAUGUGCUCCAGCACUUUGGCAAGGUGCUGCGCGACACGAUCACUGCCAACAGUCUCAUCCCAAUGGCGCCCUCUCUCAACUUGAAAGGACGCGAUCCUAUCAAGUGCAAGGCAGCUCUUGAUGGUAUUGAACUGGUGCAGAAGUGCGGAGUACUCAGCGACAUGUUCGAAGGAUCGAGUCACAAGUCUGGGCAGUUCAUUACAUCCCUUUAUGAGACGUUCGCAGAGGUUCAAGGAACCCAGGACCCGAUGUGGAUCAGCUACUGCAGUGCUCUUUUGCGCCUUUGCAUGGUCGAUAGCCAAUGCCGUCGGAAGCUGUGGGAUUACCUGCUGGAUCCUGAAAACGCGGAGCAAGCCAAGUUGACGUAUUUGAAGUACGCUGACGAGAUUAACCGAGGAUUGGCCACGCAUUUCUCGGAUCUCACCCCAUUGCUGGCGCAGUCAGUCAGGUCAAGCCCAAUUCUUCUGACCAUCUGGAAUGACUUUUUGGACUACAUGUUUUCACAUGCUGAACUGGCUGCGGAAAAGAAUAUGUUCCUGAAUAUGUUGACUACGGAUUACUCGGUCCUGGAGAACCUUAUUAACUCUCUCGAGGGCGACCAGGCGCCGAUGGCGAUUACUAUUUGCAAAAAGGUCGUCGGUCUGAGUCCGCGAAUUCUCCGAAUGUCGAAAACCGAGGCCUUUGUCGACUACUUCUUCAAGGUGUACCAGUCCUUCUUUGAACGCGACCCCGAGAGCCGCCAAUAUCUGGCACUGCCGGCGAUGUCGGAAGCGUUCCCUGUCCUUCCUGUCUUCCUUGCCUACCCUGGUGCCAGGACUGCCGAGGUUCGCGCUCAAGCUGAUUUUGAAACUGUCUUUAAUAGGGCGAUUCUGAACAUGAUGCCAACAUCAUCGUCUGAAUACGAGCAAGGAAGUCCCAGGUUCAAGGACUACAUCGCUGCGCUUGAUCUACUCCUGAAGGCAUUGGUGGCGUCUUCGAACACAAGUUUGUUCAAGACGCUGAUGGGGAUUGCGGUUCGAGAGUCGAACCACCCCCACAUGGAGCGCAUGCAGCAAUCCAUCGCAUCGUAUGCCUUGAAGCUCCCGCUCUCAAAGUUUCUGGAGACUACUAGACACUGCUUCGAUGAGUUCCUCAAGCGCACGCACGCUGAUCUCCAUCGUCGUAACAUCAUCAAGCAGAUCCUGCUACCCAUCUUAAAGGUCGUCCCACCACUCAGUGUCACAGAGUUUUAUGUGUUGAACGUCGUCAGCAUUAUCGGCGUCAUCAAGCAGGAGCGGCCUCGACUCACGGAUGUCGAUCUGCGACGUGAUUUUAUCGAGCGAGAGUGCUGCUACGAUCUUAUGCAUGUCAUGUACAUGAGACUGCAGUCCGAAGCCGUGAACACGAAGGAGAGCAGAAUCGUGGAUGCAUUCACAAAAGGCAAGGCUAUCACCGGUAAGGAGCUCACUGUCGAGGUCUUCAAGACAGCCAAUGCCGCCAAGUUCAAACAAGACUCUACUUCGAUGACACCCGAAGCUGCCGCCCUUCGUGAGGAAUACAAGCGUGCUGCCUAUAAUGCACUGGCGGCGGCAAUUUUGUGCACACAGCGAAAGGAGGACUUCUUCCGCCAGUUCUUGUUCCGUGAUAAUGACGCCAAGAAGGAAUAUGUCUGGGAGAACAUCGUUGACCUCACGGCCGUCUAUCACUUUGAGCAAGUGUUGUCCAGUCCUUUGGUCAAGACUCGCCUUUCAGACCUCCGAUCAAAGUCUUUGAGCCCGAACAAAACGCUCAGUACCAAGUUCCAGUACAUGUCUUCGCAGUACUUGCGCGACAGCAGUUUGUCGCAGAGUGUUGGAAUGGUCGACGAUGGGAACGUAUUUAGUGAUCAAGACCCAAGCGAAGGCGAACAGGGCGGUAAUGAGCAUUCUAAGACAGGAUCGCCGUCCAUGUCUGGAACCUCUAAGGAUGCCGAAGGAAAGCCAGACAACCAGUCCCCUGAGAAUGAGCAUAUGCUUGAGCUGGACGCUAUCAACACCAACCCCUGCAUGAAGAUGAUCCUGCAGGUCAUAAGCGAGCUUCACGGCAGCAUCACACCACCGCCAAAAGAGAUGGCCAGAGAAGAAAGCUCGAUGCCAUCAUGGAUGAAAGAUAUGUACAGGAAGAUGGUCGACCAGAAAACACCCUUAAACAUCCGCCUCUUCUUGGCCAAGAUCGUCAUCAACAUGCCUGAAGCGUUUGAGAUGUAUGCUCACUCGUGGCUUCGUCCUUUCAUGAGACUGGCGAUGGAAGGAGAAACCUUUGGCGAGCCCAUGAACUACUUUGUUCAGGAUCUGUGCGUUCUGAUCGUCGUCUGGGGUGCAUCGGUCAAACUCGAGAAUAGUUACGAGGACCGUGUGCUUUUAUUGGGCUUUUUGAGCUACUUGAUGAAGAACUGUUACCAUGAGCAGCGACGGUACCUCUUGAACAACAUUGAGCUGAUCAAGGGGGUCUUUGAAAACUGGUCCAACAUUGCCAUUGUGCCGACGAACGUCAUUUACAGCAACUUCAGCAACAAAGAUGAGAAGAAAAACAUUACAGGAAUUCAGCUUCUUGGAAUUGUAUUGACCCACGACAACCCGCCGUUCUACACGGGACCCGAGAUUGAUCUAGGCGCACUACGCGAGGAGACGUACUAUGAGGCCUUGGUUCGCAACAUGGGAAGCUCACCCAAAGCGGUCUAUACGUCUGCAGCUGAAGUAUGCGGCCUGGUCCUGGCCUACAUGAAAAAGCACGACUGCAUGAACGAGGAAUUUACCGACAUGGUUACUAGAAAACUGUCCGAGAUCAUUGUGCCUGCCUCUCUCCCAGGUCCAAAGCCUAAGGACGGCAGAGUUCAGUUCCUGAACUGUCUCCACAAGGUUCAGCUCAACUACCCUGAGAUGACAGAUGCAUUUGGUCCUCGGCUUCUCUUCGAGUACCAGCGGGUGUUUGGAGAGGAUCGCACGCUGUUACUUGAGAUUCUAGCUGGCAGAGCCCAGUUCAUCCCAGAUCUUUUCAAGUCACUCCAAGGAAUGAACUUCCUAGGCUGCCUCAAACUCAAGUAA